AUGGCUGAAGCGGUGCUCAAGCACGAAAUCGCCGUUCAUCCCACUAUCAAAGACAAACUUGACAUACAUGUAGACUCGGCUGGGACGGGUGCUUAUCAUGAGGGAGAAGACGCUGAUGAUAGGACAAUAGCAGUCUGUAAGAAGCACGGUAUCAAAGCGGAUAGUAUAGCUCGGGCAGUUGUGGAAGAUGAUUUCAACAAGUUCGAUUAUAUUCUAGCGAUGGAUAAGUCAAACCUUCAAACUCUCCUUCACCGCCAAACCACCUCCUCCCCUUCUCAGAUAUCCCUAUUCGGUUCAUUCUCCCCUUCCAUCCCCAUCGCUCAACAAGGGAGAUCUAACACGAAAGCAGAAGCGAUAUCGGAUCCUUACUACGGUGGGAGAGAUGGGUUCGAAAGUAGUUUUAAAAUGUGUACAGAGUUCGCUAAAGGGUUUUUAGAGUAUUUGGAGAGGGAGAGGUCGUAG